CACACGGACGCCACGGCGCCACUACGUGUUCGCCUUCGUGGAAUCCGGGACACAGGAGUGCCGCAGCAACUGCACUCGUCCACCUAGAAUCGGUGAUGGUAUCUGUUUUGAGUUCUGUGGCUCCGAGGCUAUGUCGUUUGCUACAUCGUCGUGCGAAUACAUAAGGCAAGAAGCAAUGGUGUCUUUCCUUCCUUACCUAUUCGCAGCCUCUCCCACUUUCUCCCUGUCUGCCUUUCCACUCAUUACUGAAUCGCGGUUUGUUCCCCGCUAUCACGCACCCGUCGCCUCAGUUCCGCAAGUAAUCGACUGCCCCAAUCGCACGACUAUUGAAGUCAUGGCCCGCACCCUCGCUAUCGUUCUCAUCUCCCUUCUCUCGCUCGUCCUCGCGCCCAUGACGAUGGCCGGUCCCAUCCCCCUCACCCCUUCGCCCAUCUCUUACGCGAGCCCCUCGAGCGACACAGCAGCUCCGACACUCGCUUUCACUCUCGGUCCAGGCCCUCUUCCGCACCCUUCCGCGUCCACACAAGCGGCACCAUCGUCGUCGAGCCCGGUGCUUGAGAUGGACUGGCUGAGCUGAAUGAGCAGACCGACCGUAAGCGACUCCACAUUUUGAGAUGAGCGGUUGAGAGCCGACUUGUGCUGAGCAUACAUGCAACCCUUUAGGCGAUACUUCACCCCCGUCGGCUCGCACGCCGACACGACUCCUUGUCUCCCUUGUACCAUCCAUCGUCAAG